GGGUUGGGUUACAGUUCCUCCGUGGAAGUUGUUGCGACUGUGCUGCUAUUGCAAACAAAGUCUCACUCUCUGUAACCUUAAUCACCGGCUACACAAUACUAUGUCUAGUGCCAAGCGGUGCCCAUUUGUCAGCCUUUCCAUUCACCGAGUUUAUAGUGCAAAACCGCUCCUAAGUGGGAGGCUGUGGGAAUGCAUUCACUUUUCGUACCAAACAACGUAUUUCUACUGUCCUGUGCUGUUCAGGACUAUGCAUGGGGAAAACUGGGCAAUGACAGCGAAGUGGCUCGACUAUGGUCAAGAGGUGACAAAGAAAGGCCAGUAGUGCCAGACAAGCCAUAUGCUGAGCUGUGGAUGGGAGCUCACCCUAAAGGAGAUGCUAUUAUCACAGACAACCAAAUAGCUCAAAAAACCCUUGGAAAGUGGAUUGCUGCUCACCCAGAAUGCCUAGGUACAAAAGUCAGAGAGAUAUUCCACAACCAACUGCCUUUCCUCUUCAAAGUACUAUCUGUGAGGUUGGCACUAUCAAUCCAGGCUCAUCCAGACAAGGCUUUGGCUAAAAGGUUGCACACUGAAUUUCCACAGCACUACCCUGAUGACAAUCACAAACCAGAGAUGGCUAUAGCUCUUACACCCUUCCGAGGCCUUUGUGGAUUUCGUCCAAUUCCUGAAAUUGUUGGCUUCUUAAAGGCUGUACCAGAGUUUCAUACCUUGAUUGGCAAGGAGGCAGCUGAAAAGUUAGAGACAAGUGUGACAGGUCUCAGUGAGGGUGUGGAGGUGCGGAAAGCUCUGAAAAAUUGUUUCACUUCCAUGAUGCAAAGUAACAAGAAGGACUGUGCAGAACAACUUAAUCUACUGGUACAACGUGUGUCACAGCAAUUUAAGAGUGGAAAGGAUGUCUCUAGUUGCCUUGGAGACCUUCUCCUUACAUUACACUCCCAGUUUCCUGGGGAUAUUGGCUGUUUUGCAGUUUACUUCCUCAAUGUUCUGACACUGCAGCCUGGAGAAGCCAUGUUUCUGGGAGCCAAUGAACCACAUGCAUACCUGGAAGGGGAUUGCAUAGAGUGCAUGGCUUGCUCUGAUAACACUGUACGUGCUGGACUGACUCCCAAGUUUAUAGAUGUUCAGACCCUGUGUGAAAUGCUGACAUAUACAGCAGCUCCAGCUAGCACCAAACUGUUCCCAUCAACACCUGUCAGCGAGGAUCCCUAUGCUCUCCUCUUUAACCCUCCUGUACCUGAUUUUUCUGUCAUCAAGAUAGAGGUUCCACCAUCAGUAUCCCAGUAUCAGGUAGCAGCUUUAGACUCGGCCAGUAUUCUUUUGCUCGUUCGAGGCGAGGCCACAAGCCAUGUACCCUAUGCAGGUUUACAUCUUACUCCAGGCUCUGUCCUUUUUAUCUCUACCAAUGAGAGUGUAUUACUGAAUAAUGACAACUCCCAAACCCUUUUACUGUUCAGGGCAUGCUGCCUGCUAUGAUGACAGACAAAGAUACUAUAUAAGGAAUGUCGUAAGAGAUCCCAUAAUCCAAGUCAAACGUGUGCCCAUGAACCUUUAUAUUAAUAUUGAUGGUGUUGAGGUAAGCUUGAAGAGAUGGGUUAUUGGCUAUGUGAGCAGAUUAUACCAUGGAACCUUUUCUUGAUACAUUACAAUUACUGGACUGGGCUGAAAUGAGAUCUAAAAUAAGUGGUCAGCUCUUAGAAUGUUAGGCAGCAAACUGAUUAUAGGUACAAGCAGGCAAUGUAAAUGUGUCAGAUGGUUUUACAUAAAGGGAAGCACUUUACUGUAAAGAAAAAUUAUAUAAUAUAUCUGUGUUUUGUGUGGAAUUGCGUAACUGAUUAAAUUUUUGUGGUCAAUA